CAGAGUCGGAAGCGCCGCUGUCCGCGGGCCGCAGUGAUUAGGAAGUCGGGAUGGAACCGCGCUCAGCAUAAGCCCGUGGCCGAGCCUGGGCCGAGGUGGCUGGGGGCGGCCCGGGCUGCUUUGGGUGGAGCGAGCAGGGGGCGCGGAGCGGCCUUCGGGUCAGUGCGGGCGAGCCCUGGCCGUUGCGCUCCUCUCGUGCGGGCGUCGGGGCCAGGACCCGCCCCCGUCCUCCCGGCCUGGAACACCGCCGGCGCGCCUGCCAACUUGCCCCGCCGCCCCUCAUCCGGUCCUGGACAGUUGGGAAGAGCUGGUGUCCCGCCCGCAAUCGGACAGCUCUCUCCCGGUGGCUUACAGUAGGCCCCCGCCCGCGUCUCCGCGGCUCUCUCCCGGGCUGCCAGAACGCUGACGUGGAGCAGCCCGCCCAGCACGCUCAUGGAGAAGUUUGGGAUGAGUUUCGGAGGCGGCCCGAGCAAGAAAGACCUGUUGGAUACCAUCGAGUCGCAGAAGAAGCAGCUUCUCCAGUACCAGGCACGGCUCAAGGAUGUGGUCCGCGCUUAUAAAAGCCUCCUGAAGGAGAAAGAGGCUCUGGAGGCCAGCAUUAAAGUGCUGUCGGUGUCCCACGAGGCGGAUUUGAGCCUCACAGGGGUCCAGCCUCCAGGCCUCACCUUUCCUGACUCUGUUGAUGACCGGUGCUCCACCCACAGCGGUGAUAGCACUGGGACUGCCACCAGCUUGGAUACUGCGGCCAGUCUUACCAGUACCAAGGGUGAGUUUGGGGGAGAAGAUGACAGAUCGGUCCGCGGACCACCACCUGCAAAGUCCGAAGAGGCCAGCGGGUCAGAGAGUGGUGUUAGCAGUAGCAGUGGGGAUGGGCCCCCUGCGGGUGGGGAGGCAGACAAACGACUGCACCAGCUCAAGACUCAGUUGGCUACUUUGACCAGCUCUUUGGCCACAGUCACCCAGGAGAAGUCCCGCAUGGAGGCUUCUUACCUGGCUGACAAGAAGAAGAUGAAACAGGACUUGGAGGAUGCCAAUAAAAAGGCAGAGGAGGAAAGGGGCCUUCUAGAGGGGGAAGUGAAGGGGCUGCAGGAGCAGAUAGCAGAAACCAAAGCCCGACUUAUCUCGCAGCAGCAUGAUAGGGCUCAAGAGCAGAGUGACCAUGCCUUGAUGCUGCGUGAGCUCCAGAAACUGCUGCAGGAGGAGAGGAUCCAGCGCCAGGACUUGGAGCUCCGGCUGGAAGAGACCCGAGAAGCCCUGGUGGGGCAGGCGUAUGCAGCUGAUCAGAUAGAAGGGUUCGAACUGCAGACCAAGCAGUUGACCCGUGAAGUGGAGAUGCUGAAGGGUGAGCUGCAGGCUCUUCGAGAUGAGAAAAAUCAGCCAGACCCCCGGCUGCAGGAGCUUCAGGAAGAGGCUUCCUGCCUCAAGAGCCAUUUUCAAGCUCAGUUGCAGCAGGAAAUGAGGAAGACAGCCCUUGCAGAGGAUCAACUCCGCCAGCAAUCUCAGGUGGAAGAGCAGAGGGUGGCGGCCUUGGAGAAUCAAAUAUCUGAGGUGUCUGAACUGCUGGGCACCUAUGAGAAAGCCAAGCAGAAGGACCAGCUGACCAUCCAGAAGCUGAAGGAGCGCAUUCUGCAGCUAGACAUGGAGAACAAGACGCUGGCUCUAGCUGCCUCCAGCCGGUCCCCUCUAGACAGCCAUGGAGAGGAGCCCAGUCUGGAUGUCAGUGUCCUGAAGGAUAAGAUGGAGAAGCUGAAGAGGCUGCUGCAGGUUGCAGCCAGGAAAAGCCAGAUGACCCUGGACGUGGAGAAGCUCUGCGACCUGGAGAUAAUGCCCAGCUCGGAGGCUGCCGAUGGGGAGAAGGCUACUGCGCUCUAUUACCAGCAGGAGUUGAAACAGCUGAAGGAAGAGUUUGAGAGAUACAAGAUGAGGGCCCAGGUCGUCCUCAAGAGCAAGAGUACCAAAGAUGGUAACCUGGCGAAGGAUCUGGAAGAAGCCCAGGAACAGCUUGCAGAGCUAAAGGAGAAGUAUAUAUCCCUGCGGCUGUCCUGUGAGGAGCUGGAGCGUCAGCACCAACAGGAGGCUGAGGCCCAGAGGCAGGAGCUGGCCCGCCUGCAGCAGCUCCACCGGCAGGAGCUGGAGCGGAGCCAGCUGGACUUCAGGGACCGCACGCUGAAACUGGAGGAGGAGCUGCACAAGCAGCGGGACCGCGCCUUGGCUGUGCUUGCCGAGAAGGACUUGGAGCUGGAGCAACUGCGUUCUGUGGCCUUGUCCUCUGGGCUGCCAGGACGCAGAAGCCCUGUGGGUGGCGGGGUUCUUGGAGACCCAGCUGACAAAUCUACCUCGGAUAGCCUGACCCAAGCCCUGCAGCUUGCUGCAGCCAGUGAGCCCACUUUCUUUCUGUACGCUGAGCAGUUGGCCCGCAAGAAGGUGGAGAUCACAUCGCUGAGGAAGCAGAAACACAGGCUUGAGGUCGAGGUGCAUCAGCUGCAGGAUCGGCUGCUGGAGGAGGGGGAGCGGCAUCGUGAGGAGGUCGGAGCCCUGCAGAGCCACAUCGAAAAGAACAUCCGGGACCAGAGUAGGGAGGGAGCCAACCUGGAGUACCUCAAAAACAUCAUCUUCCGCUUCCUGACCUUGCCUGACAUGCUGGGCCGCCAGCAGACACUCACAGCCAUUCUGACUAUCUUGCACUUCAGUCCAGAAGAGAAACAAGUGAUAAUGCGUCUCCCAGCCAGUGGUAGCUGGUGGCCUUCUGGCAAGAGAUGAUGCCAUUUUCGCUGACUUCCGAGAUUUCUGUGCCUCUUUCAUGUGGGAAGGGGCAGGCUACGGUUUCUGCUGCCUCUGCCUCUUCUCUUAUGUUAUCAUUUAUUUCUUCACUGUAUUGAACUGGGAGGAGUCUUCAGUGUGGGAUGGGAUUUUCUGCCACAUGCCAUUAAUGCAUCUGGGCUCUGGGGAUACUGAAAGUGUUGGGAUAGCAUCUGCUGGUGCCAUGUGUGUGUGUCUCCGAGUGUGAGGGGGGAGAGGUUGGGACUGAGAGGUGCAAAAGUUGGGGAAGUGGUGAGAAUCUUUUAAAAUAAAAAUUUUUUUGGGGGGGACGUUUGUUUUAAUACUAUGCUCCUUGCUUAGAGCUAGGAGUAAAUGUGACUCCACAGAGAGUUCAGGUAACUAAUUUCUAAACAAGCCCUGAGAUGCACAUUGACCAUUUACUCCAUUUCAUCACAAUAUGAAUGUGUUCACUGCUGUCCCUAUUCUCUGGGGACAUAAUUCCAGGCUGGAAAGGGCCAGCAAGCUUGAAAUAGUGACAGAUUGUCCGCUAGUCCAAAGGGUUAAGGAAUAGUGAGUUUAUAUUGGAACUGGAAAGCUUGGUCUAGUUAGGGCCUGGGUGUGACCCAAGCAAUCUAGACAAAACAUGCCACUUAUAACCAUCCUGGAGAGGGCCCUGGGUACCAUUUUGACUUUAAGAGAGUUCCUGAGUGACCUGCUUUGGGCCUGGAUAGGGUUAAAAUAGACCUCAUACUGGCUCCUGCCUUAAUCUGUCUGCCUAAGGUUGACCUGAAAUUGUGAGUGGAUGACUUCGCUGUCUUUUCCUCAGUGUUGUACUUUCAUUAAGAAACAAAAUCCUAGCUUCUUACUGAGAGGGUUUGGAUUGGUAAGCUCUGAUCCUGCCUUGGUACAAGGAACCAGUUCAGAGAUUUGCUACCCUCUAUUUCUGCCUCUGUAGGAUAAGGAAGGAGGAGAAAGAUUUGUUGCAAAGGAUUCCGAAAGAUUGCUGUCAUCCUUACGGGAGAGUGAUGGAAGUUUAGCUGUGGCUGUGCUGGGGUACUUCUGCCCUGUAACCAGCAUUCUGGCUAAAUCUCCAUCUACUUGCAACCAGGGUGCUCAUAGUGUACUGUAACCAGGGUAUUUUGACCACCCCUUCAGAGGUAAUAGAGUUUCAAUCUACAGUCUUCAUAUUCCCACACACGUUACUGUAACUUUUCCUCCUUCCCAGGGGUUUCUUUUAUUUGCUCUUGUAUAAAUAGAUCCAUUCUGCUCUUAAGGAAAGGUGGGACUCAGAAAAUUUAUGUCAAACAGUAUCAGUUUCCCUAUCUUUUCCUUUCCUCUGUAUUCCCUUGCUGGUUAUAGAGAUCUCUGGAUCCUAAAUACUGAUGGUUUCCCUUAACUGGACUACUAUCUUUCUGUUUUUUCCCCAUAGAGCUCUGUUUUCUGAGGGUUUGGGGUGCAGAAGAUUUGGUUUAAACUUUCUGAGUGGGAGGGUAGGUGACCUUGAGUAUCCACAGUGAAUGGAGUUAAUAUAAGGGAAGUGAUGUGUUCAAAUGAUAACAUAAACCAUGGAAUCAUUAACCCCGAGUGGCUUGACCUGCAUCUUUCCUUAAUGGUAUGUAUAUCUAGACACAAACAGUAUGAAUAUAAAUGGUGAAUGAAAGGAUGGAAAUAUAUUAAUCCAUGAACCUGAAUCCAGGGAGGAAUACCUUAGUGCUUCAGCUGCUUCAGUUCACAACACAAAUUUCUUAGCCUUUGUGUGUGUAUGUUUUGUGUAGGCAGCAACACUGGAAAAAGCUUUCUCAUGGGUUUAGUGGGUGGACUUGAAACUUUUAUAACUGCUUCAAACUCUGGAAGUAAUCUGUUUAUGAGUGUUUUAAUCUGCAUAGAAUCAGGGUUUAUGAAUCCUGAAAAAGUUUGAGGACACCAAGAUAACUAAAUAAUAAUUAUAGACUUUCCCUCAAUUUCCUUACCUCUGUCUCCCUGAACGUUGAUAUUUUGUGGUUGUUGCUUUUUCUGGGUGGUUAUGGACAGAAUAGAAAGAUCCAUAGUCAAUUGUGCUUAUGACUUUUCAAAGGACACCAGACAGGCAAAAAAGGAAGUCAAUUUCUGAUUAAUAAUUUUAAUAGUCUGGAUGUAAUUAAGGCUGUGAAUGCCCCCAGCUGAAACUAGAAGACUUGGUUCCUCCCUACCCUUAAUGUCACUUAGAGGCUAGAAAAAGACAUCAUUAAUGCAGAGGUGUAAAUUUAAAGCUCCUUAUCUCUCUACCCUUCCCAAAAAGGUUUUCCAGUCAUUUGACUGGUUUGUCUAUGAUAGAAACUCUAAGAAAGGAAAGGGAAAGAGACUGAAAGUAGAAUUGAGAUCAGAAGCAGAGAAAAAUAAAUUUUUCUUGGGCCUUGGUCCCAGAAUGUUGAUGGUAUACAAGGUGUGUCAAUUAGGUAAGACUGAACCUUAUUUAUUUCCUUGUUACUACACAAAUCAGAGAAGGAUUUAUGUGAAAACAAGGUGGAGAGAGAAAUUGACAGUAAGACAAUCUGACCACCCAACUGUAAGGAUUUUCUGCUUUCUCCCCCCCCCACCCCUCUUUUUGGGUACCUCCAAUCUGAGGGAUAAAUAUGUCCAUAUAGCACUCCCUUGCUGUAAGUCCCCACCUAUUUACCCAGAACCUUAAGACUCUCUCAGGCUGCUGCUUCAUGCUGUUUUCUUUAACUCUUGUCAAUUGUGCCAGCCCCAUGUUGAGCAAUUUACAUCCAUUGUAUUGUUCACUCCUCCGAGGUGUAGGAGGAGGUCUCUUUUGAGAUGAAGAGAGAGACUAAGGCAUUAAAUUUGCCCAAGAUCAUUUAACUAGAUGUCAGAACUGGGUGUGAUUGACCCAGCCCAAAGCCCACAUAAUCUUGAUGUGCUCCUGCUUCCUCAGGACCCAGGAGGGUCAGCGCAUCUUUCAAUACCUGUCUCUGUAGAGGAUUUCUAGGGAUGGCAAGACCAAUCUCCAGGCUGAACUGGGCUGGUUCGAGUGGAAAGUCUCCAGCCUUCAGUUGCAGCCAGUUAAAGUUGCUACACAAGUUGAACAGGCAACUGGUUGUGCAUAAGAGACCUAAAGCUGCUUUGUCCCAGUUUCUGAGGGCUAAUUUUAGAACUCAGAUCAUUCUAACAAAAUAAAAGGAGGGCUGGGUACCAACUCUUGCUACAAUAUGUUCCAACUGUUACUUGUGGUAAAGCUGGGGAAACAGCUUUGGGAAUUGGAAACAGAACCCUAAUGAAUGGGCUGCUUUACCCAAUUGUUAACCACCUUUCUUCCCUCCCCUCUAUUCUGUUCCUCCACCUCCACCAGGCAGCCUGCUUAUGCUAGAUUGAUGGUGUUUGGGGAAGGGAACUAGAUUCAGACAUUUCUGGGACCAGCUUUGUGACCUUGGCAUACUAAUUGUUCUACUUUGCAAAUGCUGCCGGAAUGCAAAACAUCAGAAAUGGAUUGGCUUUUAUAAAGGGGGUUUAUUUGGUUAUACAGUUAUAGUCUUAAGGCCAUAAAGUG